AAAGUAAAAUGUCAUCAGUGACGUCCGCGUACUCUAUUAACGAGAACUCAAAUAUUUACCAUUUAAAGCAGUAAAAUAAAAUCGAAUGCGUUCCAUUUAUUCGAUCGAAGUUCUUCGAUAAUUUAAUCAUAUAUAGUAAACGACAUAUGGAUCACUAUAUACAAUAUGAAAACGAGACAAAUUUGAAUUUUUUUUCUUCUUUUUUUUUCCAAUAUUAUACAUCUAGAAAAAAAACAGGUGAGUGAAAUUGAACAAUUAAUGAUACCAAAUACUUGAAAAUUCAAAUUUCGCGGAAGUAAAUGGCGGAUGCUUAGCACUCCCUUAACAUCAGCGACAUCUUCACUUUAGAAUUUCUUUGGUUAUGUCGUAUUAAAUUAUUCAAACUUCGACCCACGAAUUUUUUCUUGAAAACUAGUCAAAAUCAUAAAUAUUUGAUCGAUCAAUAAACUUGAAAAACGUUUUCAAUAGUAUUCUUAAUGAAAAGUAUAAUCAUACCGAUUAUAUAUCUUCUAUGAAAUAUUUGACAAGCAUAAUGAUUAUUUUUUUUCCUUUUGUUAUUUUAUAUCUUGCGAUGUAAUCUAUUUAUCAAAAGUUGGAGAGAAAAGGAUAGUAUCUAGUUAACGCUUCCUACGCUAGAGUUCGAUAUAAGGAUUACAAUUUGAAACAUGGCACAAUAACGCGCCACUACUUCUCUGAUCGUAGAGAUCGUCUGUAACACAUCCGACCGCGCGUCGGAAUUUCAAAUGUUGCUUACGCUAAUCCCAACGAAAUGUCUCGUGUACUGAGUUUUCUCACAAAAAGUGACAUUGAAUUGAAAUUAAAUAUAACACCGAACGAUAAAAAGUUAACGCCCUGUUUAAUUGUCAAAAAUGGCUAACCAUUGAAUUUUUCUUUUGAAUAUUAGUUUACAAAUAAUAUAACGUAAUAAAAUUUAUUCAAAGGAAAAUAUUUAACCUAAAAAAUCUUAUAUUAAUACGAUCAUGCCGCGUAUAAAAGCAUCGCCCAAAAAAUGUGUCAAAACUGGUAAUUUAAAUCCUGCAACGAACACUUGGGUCUUUCUUAUGAAAGGAGAUGGUCUAGAGGGAAAAGAUGGAAACUUACCAAACGUAGUCAAACUUAGACAUCCUGCGUCAAGUCAACCAGCUAUGUUUGUUUUCAGCCCUGGUGAUCUUACGGUACAAGAGGUUUUAGCAUUUGAUGAAAACAGAAGGUCAUGGUUUAUAGAUGAUAACGUUAAGUCCGAUGGUAAAAUGCAUCUUUCUACUCCAAUUGACCCAAUCUUUUUAGUUUUACCGUAUUUAAGAAAGUCACCACAAAUACAGCCUCUUGACCAAUGUUUAUGGGAUGAAGAUUAUCCAGAAACACCUCGCUUAGCUCAUUGCCAAAACUUGAAGUUAUCUUUAGUUGCAGAUCGUAAAGGUGAUGAAUCUCUACAAGCUUUCAAGUACAACGAAGAAAAAACGUUAAAUUGGUUGAAAAAAAAAGUAGAAAGAGUAGCCGAAGUUUUAAAACAGAAAAGCAUUCAUGUAUCGCAAGGAGCUAUAAGUGCUACAUACGUUAAAAAUACUAAAUAUGAAAGUGGUACUGAACUAGAAUAUUUAAAGUAUGCACAUGGUAUAGUAUCUGAAUAUUUGGCCGACGAUAUAGCAAAAAAAUUGGCACAAUAUUUAAAUAUACCAGAGGAAGUAGAAAGAAAACGUAAAUUGAGUAGUCCUAAGCACGUAAUCGAGGAGAAGAAAUUCAAAAGAGAAACUUCUGAAGAAGAUCUAACCCCACGUACCAAAGCUUUGGAUUUGUCAAAACCUGAGAAGCUUCAGAAAACUCCAACAUUAAAUAAGAAGGAGCUUGCUAGGCAAAAAGCAGCUGUUGGAUCUAAAAGUAUUACUAGCUUUUUUAAAAAAAAAUGAAUUUUAGUAAGUUACAGAUUAUAAAUAAUUGGAGACUGUAUUAAUAAGUUAUAAUGGAGUACUUGCAUUCCUAUAAAAGUUAUUCCUAAAACUUAAAAAAUUGCUAAAUCAGAAUGUUA